UACACGAAAUAUUCCAUCGGCAACACUACAACCACCCUCUGCUGCCUCCUAGAUUUAGAUAUUGUUUGCUAUUUCCUUCAGCAGACGCAGGUGACGAUAGGAAUCAUGUUAAGACGGGUGAAGCAGGAUGGUAGUGGAGGUUCACCUACUUCUGCAACUGCCUCAGUCUCUUCUAAUACCAACAACAAUCAAUUGACGUUUGUAGAAUGCGAAAACCGAGUGCAAGAACUCCUGUCUGAACUUCAUGAUAUAAUAAAAGACACUCAAAAACAAAGAGAAGAAGGCAAUAAUAAUUUGGAAACUAUUGGAAAGACGCAUGAAAAAAUGCAAGGGGAGGCAAAGCUUUCGACGUAUUUUAAGCAAAAGUUAAGGAACCUGUACAGUGUGGCUCUUGAUGAUGCAGAUGUAGAAUGUGAUCUUCUAAAGAAGGGACUUGAUAUUAUUGCCAAAAUCAAAGCUCUUCAGGAAGAAAAGCGAAUUGCCGCAAGAUUAUCAAGUUAUAACCCACUGGAUGAUCAACCAAGGAAAAGUAUGAGGCGUGGUGUAUUGAUGAGCAUGCUGCAGAAAUCCGCACAAACACUGCCGCUAUGGAUUGGAAAGCCAAAUGAAAAAGUUCCCCCAUUAUGUGGUGCUGUCAGUGCUGGACCUGACUACAUCGCGAAGCCAGGAGACAAAGUGGCUGCGAGAGUUAGAACAGAUGAAGCAGAAGAGCAAUGGAUAUUAGCUGAAGUUGUCUCAUUUAACUCUUCAUUGCAAAAGUAUGAAGUUGAUGAUAUAGAUGAAGAAGGGAGGGAGCAUCAUGUGUUGAGCAAAAGAAGGGUUGUUCCUCUGGCUCAAUGGAAAGCAAAUCCUGAGACGGAUCCGGAGGCAUUGUUCCCUAAAGGAGCUCUUGUCAUGGCACUCUACCCGCAAACAACAUGUUUUUAUCGAGCAGUAAUCAGUAAACAACCAACCACAGCUCAUGAGGAUUAUUCGGUUUUAUUUGAAGAUAAUUCAUACGCAGAUGGUUAUUCACCUGCUUUGAGAGUUGCACAGAAAUAUCUGGUUGUACCUAAAGAAAUGAGAGAACUGAAACGAAGAUAAAAACUUUAUAACUUGUUUAUUAUGUAUUCAUAUUUGUUUUUUAUAACGCUGCUACAGAAUAUCUAUGUAAUAGUCCAACUGUUUAAUAUUCAUGCUUAUUAUUAUUUUCAAUGACAUCUACUUGCCAAAGUUACAUUUACAUUGUUUAUUUUCAGA